AAUCAGCUAUAUACCAGAAAGCAGUUCAUUCGUGUCUACUCACCCUUUAAGAGCAAAGAUAAUUUCUUGUUAUCCUUGCCAAAACAAAGAACCAAAGUUAGAGAUGAAGCAAAACCAGAUCAAAUCAAGAACUACUGGAGAGAACCUGCAGGUUCCCAUAAACUACUGGGCAGUUUUAUUGAAUCAGAGCUCAACAAAAUUGGCACUUCCUCAUUCUUCAGCCACCCAAUGCCAUCUGUAUCCCCCUUCAAAACCAUCAAAACUAAGAAAUGGUGCGGGGAGAUUAAAACCAAAGAUAACAGACACUGUGAAGGGCAAGCUGAUUCUUGCGGCAAAACUUCUCCAAGCAGGUGGCGUCGAAAAGGUGUUCAAGAACAACUUCAGUCCUGUUAGAGACGAAGAAAAGCUAUUGAAGGCAUCCCAAUGUUAUUUAUCAACAACAUCUGGUCCAAUGCCUGGCCUACUCUUUGUUUCUACCCAUAAACUUGCCUUCCUUAGUGAUAGAUCAAUCAAGAUCCCUUCUUCAACUGGAAAGUCCAAGAGAAUGCAUUAUAAGGUAUCAAUCCCAAUUGCAAAAAUUAAGAGAGCAAAUGAAAGUGAGAAUUUGAAGAAUCCAUCAGAGAAGUACAUACAAGUAAUCACAGAAGAUCAUUUUGAGUUCUGGUUCAUGUGGUUCCUACAUCAUCAAAGAACCUUGAAAUAUCUCCAAGAUGCAAUUUCUCAAGCUCAGUAUCUUUAGAGAAGCAUAAAAAUAUAUAUUCCUUGUAAAAUGUAGAGAUCAAAAUUAAAGCCUGUAUAAAUGAUUUGACAAAUUUAUAUUGUUGAAGCAGUUCUUGAAA